AUGAUACAACACCCAAUUGAACCGAAUAUUUUGAUUCAAAACAUUUAUCCAGAGAUUCUAAUCAAUAAUACAAAAGGAUAUUUGAUGCCAUUAAAUCGUAAAGAUUCAAGACGUACAAUAAUUCAACGUAAGAAUACAGAUCUUGUUAAUUCUCAAUAUUGGCAUAAUAUUACGAGAACAAUAAUACAGACGAUGAGAAAAAUCAUAUCCCAAUGUCGUCAAGCUUGGCGUGAAAAAGUGGCUUUGGUAGUUAUUAUAUUAUUAAUUUCAUCAUUCAUGGGAUUUUUGGCAUUCGGGUUGGCAACCAUCGCUUGUGGAAUAAGGAAACAAACAUUUUUUAAGGAAGAUGUAUUUGAAAAUUUUGAAUCGGGUCAUAUUCAUGGCAUACUCUAUAAAACUGGACAACAUAUUAUUUUUGGUAAUCGUCGUCCGUUAACGCCUCCUAUCGAAGAUAAAAAAUUAGAACCAAUAAUAUUUCUAACGUUUGGACUAGAUAUCUCGGAUUAUUUUCCUCUAGACCAAU